AUUGCCGUUUUCACGCACUCACCAACUUCCUGUGUAAGCAGCCGCGAAUUUCCGAUCUAUAACCAGGCAGCUGUGGGUGCUUGAAUAUGCGGGGAACAAAAAUAUUACUACAGACUGCGAUCUGUCGCCAUUCCCGUAUACUACCCAAGGUGCACUUGACUCGUUUAACAACGCUGACCGUCGUUUUAUGACUGUUUCACAUGUCACGUCAACGUGAGAUAAACACAAUCCACGCACAAUGAAUAUCUACAAAAUGAGGCCACAACACAAACAGCGUGUUAUCGCGGUUGUCCUAGUUUUGUUUAUAGGUUUGACAUACUGGUGCUGGCCGGGGAGAAGGAGAACCAUGGGGGAAAGGACUGGACUGGAAACCAAGUACAAGAAGUUCUAUCUAGAUGGAAAACCACUCCGUAUUUUGAGUGGUGCAGUUCACUAUUUCAGAGUUGUUCCUGAGUACUGGGCAGACCGGCUGAUGAAGCUGAAAAGCUGCGGGUUGAACACUGUAGAAACGUAUGUUCCAUGGAAUUUGCAUGAAGAAAUCAAAGGAAAUUACAAGUUUGAUGGCAUGUUGGAUCUAAGGAAAUAUAUUUUGUUGGCCAAAAAAUUGGGCCUCUACGUUAUCUUUAGACCAGGGCCAUUCAUUUGCUCUGAGUGGGAUUUUGGAGGAUUGCCUAGUUGGUUAUUACACGAUCCACACAUGCGAGUGCGAUCCACAUAUCAACCCUUCAUGGAUGCUGUUGAUAGCUACUUCUCUCAACUCAUACCACUUGUAGCUGACCUUCAGUAUACAAAGGGAGGACCCAUCAUAGCUGUGCAAAUAGAAAACGAAUAUGGGUCAUUUUCCAAUGAUAUCAACUACAUGGAGUUUGUUAAGACGACUAUGGAGAAGUAUGGGAUUGUAGAGCUGAUGUUUACCUCUGACAAUGACAUGGGGAUUGAUAAGGGCUCCAUGCCUGGAGUGCUGGUGACAGCCAACUUUAAUGAGCUCCAUGUUGCUGAGGGACUGUUCAAUCAGAUCAGGAAAACGAACCCUGAGUGGCCGCUGAUGGCGAUGGAGUUCUGGCCAGGCUGGUUUGACCACUGGGGAGAGGAGCAUCAUAAGUAUAGUGAAGAAAAAACUGAAACUGUGCUGAGGUAUAUUCUGAAGAAUGAUGGCUCAGUGAAUUUCUACAUGUUUCAUGGAGGCACCAACUUUGGCUUCAUGAAUGGUGCUAACGGGCCGCCAUAUGCACCGACCAUCACAAGCUAUGACUAUGAUGCUCCACUAAAUGAGCGAGGAGGUUUGACCAACAAAUAUGCAAAGAUCAAAGAAAUAUUUGAAGAGAUGAUCCCAAGUGAAAUACCCCAUCCUCUACCUGAGCUGCCAUCUUCUGCUCACUUGGGGACCAUGGGAUAUGAACCAGUAAACUUAGGGGAUACCAAACUAGAGGGAUGGUCCAUUUAUCCUCUGGAGUUCAAGAAAAAAUUUUUGAGAAAUAUUGUAUCUUCCCCCAAAUGGACAAAAUUUGACAGGGAAUUCCAGGGACCGGCAAUAUUCAGGGGUACUUUCUUUAUCCAUGAAGAAUCAGCCAGAGACACAUACAUAAAUAUGGUGGGUUGGAAGAAAGGUGUGGUAUUUGUGAAUGGGUUUAACCUGGGCAGGUAUUGGGAGAAAGGGCCCCAGGGGACCCUCUACCUGCCUGGACCACUGCUCAAGAAGGGAGACAAUGAGAUUUUGGUCUUUGAGCUCCAUAAACCAAACAGUGUUGUCAUCUUGGACAAUCAUCCAGUGCUUGGGUCUUAGAAAAUUGAUGCUAGCAGGAUAUUACGACAGCUGAUAAACACAACACACUGCCAGUAGAACAGAGAUUCCCUUUAUUAUAGCAUUUAGUUCAACACGGUUGAAAGCUUUCAGGAAUAUCCCUGAUUUCAGAAUUUUCAGUCUUCAUUUUGAUCAUAUAUGUGUGCAUGAAUUGACAGGAGUCUCUUAGGCUAGUUUGCUGUCAAAAAUUUCAUGUUUUUUAAAAUACAAUGGAAUCAUAUAGUUGUAAGUUGAAAAUGUCAUUUUAUUGACAUUUGUACUCUGAUUAAUACAUAAAGUAUGAAAUUAAAAUACACACAGUUAAAUAUAAUUCUGUGAUUGAUAAUCAUGCAUGGUAAAGCAUUUACUAGUUUAAGAUAUUAUUUAAGUUUAAGCAAAGAUGGAUUUAUAUUUAUUAUAAUGGUCUAAGUGUGAUGAGAAAUUGCAAGCUACAUUUUCAGGAUUUUUACUUUUCACAACUUUCACCCAUGGUUCAAAGAAAAGCAUUUGUUUACCAAUUAAGGGAAAUGAAAUGAGCUGCUAGUUGUUAUUAACCUUGACACUGUGAUGCUAAUUCAUUUGGGUUAAAGUAUUUAUUAAAGGACAGAUAUGAAGGACUUUCGACUACAGUAUGAAAAAUCGUACCCUGGAAUUUGCUACUCUAUAUCCUACAAUGUAUUGUGAUUUUGUGCAAUAGACAAUAAUUUGGACGCUUGGCAUGUCUUGUUGAUAUCUGAGUGUGUGCGUGUGUGCGUGUGUACACACUCCGUACGUAGAAGUUUAUGCUUGAAAAUGAACUUUUCUGAGAAGGCAAUGAAAUUCCACUGAUGGGAAUUUCCUGACUUUUGUCAGAUCUCCAUUUCAGGGUCAUUUGGGUCAAAGUGAAUCCUGGACCCUGGACCCCAGGCCAAUUUUCCUACUUUUUCUGCGAGGACUGGUCUCUUCCCUGAGAUAAAUAGUGGAUGGAAAAUUUUAUGAUUCUUUUAUGUUUUACUGCAUUGAACCUCAUAGUUAAUGUAAUGCUUUUAUUCUUCAGGUGUUCAGGAACAAAUUAAAAGACCAGUGUUUUGUUUUUCUUUUCAUUACUUGAUACACAUGCAGGUUUGGUAAUUAUGUAAAAAUUCAAAUGGAAUUUUAUGGUAUAAUAAUUGUUACUGGUUGUUAAUUAUUGGUUAAUGUUAUAUAGUUGGAUCAUGUUGUGGUCAUUUAAGACAUCUGUUGAUUGGGUUUUAUAUAUCUGUACAUUAAUGGUUCAUGUUUUUGGAUAUACAAAUCAAUAUGAAUAUUGGUGGAUUAACUAUGCAUUCUGCAAUGUACUUUUUACACUUUUAUCUUCAUUGCCUAAAGAAUUAUGAAUAAAAUGUGCAUUUAUUCA